AGCCUCGAGCCUGCUGCGCCAGAGAUGCCUCGGCCCGGGCCGCAGCCCCGGCGCCCCCGCCCAUGGCGGGCGGCUCGGGCCUCUGGUGGGGCGGCGCCCGCGUGUCGUUCUACCACGCGUCCGUGGGGCCGCUCCUGCUGCUGACCGCCCUGCUGGCGAGACUCGCCAGGCCCGCCACCGCGGAGGAGCGGCCGAAGCAGUUCGGGUCCUUCCGGGACCUGUACCUCUCCGUGUGGGCUCUGUGUGUGGCUGCCGACUGGCUCCAGGGGCCCUACGUCUACGCGCUCUACGCCGCGUACGGCUUCGGCGGCCAGCGCAUCGCGCAGCUCUUCGUCUGCGGCUUCGUGUCGUCGCUCGUGUUCGGCUGCUUCGUCGGGAGCCUCACGGACAGGUUCGGCAGGAAGAAGUGCUGCCUGGCCUACUGCCUCUUCUAUCUGGAAGCUUUCGCCCUGCGGCGUUGGCCCUCCUGCGCUGAUGGACUCGUGGCUUGAGGGCAGUUGGGCUGGGUGUGUCCACGGGCCUUCAGGCCCUCUUGGGCUUUGGGUCCUCUCGUGGCCUUGUGGG